CUUAGGAUUUGCGGAAUACCCCAAAGAUGAAUCCAAAAAGCCCUCAAACGAAAACAGUGAAUUGGCGAGAGACAAGGCAUAAAAAAUAAAUGAAUGACAUAAAAAUAAAUCAUACGCCCCAUCGGCCACCCAGUAAAAAGUGAGCCAAUACUGUAACCAUUACCCACGCUGCAAAAUCACACUACCCCAACCCAACGAAUGGAUGUCCUCCCCGUAUUUUCAUGGCGCUAAUAAAUGCUUAUCGAAGACGCAUAAAGCGAGUAAAUUCGCAGCCAUUAAACGAGCAUAAAACUCGAUCGGGCCGAAACAAAAUUGUGGAGCCGACAAAUCAAAGUACAAGCCUCAGAGCCUCAGGUCCACCCUUUCCCCAAUUUCCCUGCCAUGAAAUAAAACCAGGCAACAAUGAAACCCAAAGCGGCUCCCAAGCGAUUUCGAUGCGGGCAUUCGUCGGUCGGUCCAAGGAAUUGGCCACCCACAGACCCACACACCCAAACCCGAACCCCGGGAGGACCUUCCCUGAAUCCCCAUCCUCGGCACCUCCUGCGCCCCAUUUCAACUCCCCUCUGCGCCAACACUCGCUAUAUAACCAUCUUACCCAACGUUGA